UCUCUCCACUUAUUCCAGUGGCUGGCGCUCAGGCAGCCUCAGUGCGUUUUGUAGCGCUUUGAGCAGAGCUCUGAGGCAGACGGCAUGCUUACAGCUCGCAGUACCACUCCGCUGGCACUCUCCAUGUAGUUGCAACUGCUUACUCUCAGCUCUCUCUCUCUCUCACACACACACACACACACACACACACACACAGAUACACACAGCAUCGGGCUCGUCCAUCUCAUCAAGGCUUUUUAUUUCCUUUCUUCAGGUAGACAAUCAAGUUGGACAUUUUUGUAACUUUUUUUUUUCUUUUGACACUUUUCUGCUUUGCCGAUCUCUACACCCGCCCCGCCUCCUGGGGGGCGUCACCUGCACGGCCGCAUGCAUGACACAGCGCCGAGGCGAAAAGCCCACCAUCAGCAUCCAGGAGCACAUGGCUAUUGACGUGUGCCCGGGCCCUAUCCAGCCCAUCAAGCAGAUUUCUGACUAUUUCCCCCGCUACCCGCGGGGUUUCCCUCCCACAGCAGCCCCGGUCCUGAGGCGUGCCGGCUCCCUGCGCUCAUCCUCUUCGUCCUCGUCCUCAGCCCCGGCCGCUGCCUCCUCAGCCGGCGAGACGGGCAGAGAAAAGAACGAUGACGGCGAUGGAGAUGGCGACGACGACCUGGACCGGGCCUUCAGCGCCGCCUCUGCUUCCGCCUCCGCCUCUGCCUCCGCCCUGCCUCCACCCAGCAGGAAGGAGGAAGAACCCGACAUGGAGGGCUACGACUCGGACGACUCCACCACUCUUGGCACUCUGGACUUCAGCCUGUUGUAUGAUCAAGAGAACAACGCCCUGCACUGUACCAUCAAUAAAGCCAAGGGACUCAAACCCAUGGAUCACAAUGGGCUGUCGGAUCCCUAUGUUAAACUGCACCUGCUACCUGGAGCUAGCAAAGCCAACAAGCUCCGGACCAAGACUCUGCGUAACACCCUGAACCCCGUAUGGAGCGAGACGCUGACCUACUACGGCAUCACCGACGAGGACAUGGUCCGCAAAACCCUCAGGAUUUCCGUGUGUGACGAGGACAAAUUCCGGCACAACGAGUUCAUCGGCGAGACUCGGAUCCCCCUGAAAAAGCUCAAGCCCAACCAGACCAAGAACUUCUACAACUGCCUGGAGAAGCAGCUGCCUAUCGACAAGACGGACGAUAAGUCUCUGGAGGAACGUGGGCGCAUCAUGAUCUCGCUGAAGUACAGCUCGCAGAAGUGCGGCCUGGUGGUGGGCAUCAUCCGCUGCGCUCACCUCGCCGCCAUGGACGCCAACGGCUUCUCCGACCCUUAUGUUAAAACAUACCUGAAACCGGAUGAGAACAAAAAGUCAAAGCACAAGACUGCUGUCAAGAAGAAGACCCUUAAUCCAGAGUUUAAUGAGGAGUUCUUCUAUGAGAUCAAGUAUACAGAACUGAGCAAGAAGACCCUCGAGGUGACCGUCUGGGAUUACGACAUCGGUAAAUCGAAUGAUUUUAUAGGUGGAGUGUCUUUAGGCAUCAAUGCUAACGGCGAGCGUCUGAAACACUGGUUCGACUGUCUCAAAAACAAGGACAAGAAAAUCGAGCGCUGGCACACACUCACUAACGAACUACCAGGUUCGGGCUUCAACGACUGAAACCUGAGGCGCCAGCACCCGUUCCCCUUCCCGCCAGAACGUAACGCUCGGCCUUCGAUCGUCACCUCCAACGCUACAGUCCAGAGAUGGGUACCAAAGUGACCUCUUUUUUUUUUUUUUCCCCCUUGUAUGUACUUCCCCUGGUGUUGACCUUACUGUUCGAUGUGGCUUUUGAGCUUCUUGAGCCAGCUUGUGUUGAUACUGUAUGAAGAGGUGUUUUUUUUUCCCACUUUCCCUCUGCAGGGCAUCGUGUACAAACGUUUCAAUACCUUGCUGUUCUCUCCGCUUCUCUCCGAUGUUCAGUAUGUAUUCCAGAGUGUUGUUUACACCAGAUGUUCAGAUCACCUCAGAUCAGGGGGCGUGGCUGGAUUAGACCUGCGCGGAAGAGAUUGUUUACAUCUAGUGUCCAGUUCAUAGUCGGUAUGUCUGACCACAACGGCAAAAAAAUAAAUAAAUCUCUUGUAUUAGUCUAGGCUAUGAUAAAACACUUCGAUGGAUUUUUUUUUAAGAUGAUCUAUUUUUAUUCCAUUUUAUUUUUUUUAUUUUUAAUUCACGUAACGACCAAGUGCGGGAAUGUGUUGUUUUUAUAUAUAUAUAUAUAUAUAUAUAUAUAUAUAUAUAUAUAAAUCCACGCUGUUGAGAAUGUGACACUAAAAAAAGCGCCAGACUCAAAGUCUGUCCUGUUUACAUACAAAAAUCGUUCAAGAUCCCGCCAAGAAUUCGGAGCAAUCCUACUCCAGGUAUUCGAUUGUAGUAGAUCCGGACUGUCAUACUGGGAAUGUAGAGUACAGUAACGUAGGUGUAGAUGUCGUUCAGCCUGACGCGUUCAACACGCCGCUGUGAAUCAUUUCCUUUCUCUAAUGAUUCCUAGAACCAUGUUGAAACGUGUGGGUUUAAGAAAAAAAAUACUAGAAUCGUUUUUUUUAAAUAUAAAUAUAUAUAUAUAUCAUUUACACACUAAAGAGAUCUUCUGGCACAAUCAAAAAAUAUUUAGCCUGCAUGGAUUUCAGUGGUUUUCUUAGUUGUUAUUAUUGGAAUUUUUAAUACGUAUUUAUUUCUAUUUUUUUUUUUUUUCGUGUAGUAUAUUUUAAAUUGACGUGGACGUGUUAGAGCUCUAGGAAUGUCGAUACCUUCAUAUGCCCAGGCAUGUGUAACUGAGGUCUUUAGUACGUCGAACCUUUGCUUCAGUAAAGCGAAUCUUCUAUCAAAGCACUCGGUGCAACAGCCAGACUUGUGACAUCUUUUGUAAUCCGUUGCCUUUGUACUCUACGGCGUUAAAAAAAAAAAAUACAGUAAAAAAAAAUAAAUAAAUAAUAAUAAUAACAAUGCAUGCGACGUUCCUUAAAUCUGACUUUGCUUAACGCCCUUUGAUGGAUUUUGCUUAAUGUUUGAUACUCUUCUGUAAAAGAGAAAUCGUCGACUAAAAAGCUAAAAGAUCAUGGAAUGUCCGUGUUUUUUCUUCUUGGACGUUUUUUGUACCCUCAUCGCCUGUUCCGGCUGCUCUAACAUCCGGGGAAACGUGAUCGCAUGUAACAAAAAAGAAAAAGAAAAAUCUUGUCUUGUUUCGUUUCUUUUCCAAUCUCAGGCGAUUGUUUGCAUUUCCAGUGGUUCUCAGAUGAAACUGAUAUGUUCCUACUCCUCCUUCACCGUCACUUCUUGCACCGAGCGGCAGAAUUAUCGUGCCUUUUCUUUUCUAACAGUGUUGUGGGGUUGUUUUAUUUUUUUGGUUUGUUUUUUGCACCGCUCACUUUACAAGGAUUCCUAGACAGAGAUUAGCUUUUAAUAUGGAAUAACUCUAUGAUAACAUUUGGCAUAUUUCUAUUCCUGUCCAAGUCGGUAUCUUGUAUCAGUCGGAAUAUUAUCACUUGAUGAGACACUGUUUGUGUGUGUGUGUGUGUGUGGGGCGCUGGGGUCCUGGGUUCAAGUGGAUGAAGUUUAAAAACGACACGUUCUUUGUUCCUGUCUAUCUCUCUUUCUUUUUUUGCUUUAUUAAUCACUGCACAUUAAACGAAAGGGAAACAAGCACUGUAAUGUAGAAACAUUAACCACGAGACAGACACAACACAAAAUGAAUUAUUUAAUGACACAUUUCUAACACUAUUCCUCAUUUUCCGAUUCGAAAAACACCAGAAACCAGAACGUGUCGUUUCCUUUAUGUCUGUUUGAAGUAUUAUAUCUUGCCUGUUUUUUACUCUGGCGAAGGACGUGCUAUUUAUAUAUGUUCUGAUUUGGAAAAAACCAUGUCUAAUAAAGUAGAGAACCAACCUG